CCUGAGCGCGUCUAGGCUUCUGCCGCGAUUUUCUCAACACGGGAACUGCGCUCCCGCGCACCCACACUGUUCAACAUUGACACGUCGUCGCGCCGUCCUAGGUUGACACGUGUCGUCCAUGAAUAAACUCCAGACCAUCACGAAUGCUCUAGUUACCGCAAUAGUCGCCCAAAGCGUGGUUGCGUUCACGUUGCGGCGAAAUACACUGGCGGCAAGCAGUCUCUCAUCUCUCUCGUCCAUUGCCAGCACUAGCAUUAAUCGACGACGCUCCGCCAUUCAUACUCUCUCGUCCAUUCAUUCGUACACUGACGCUCCAUCCCCUCGUCGUGCUUCCUCCAUCACCACUCCGCACAACGAAGGUGCCACUUUCCGCGUAUAGACGCCCAUAAACUCGAGCGCGCGCUGGUCCGUUCCAUCCAGGCACCGCGAGAGCGACUGGCCGACUGCUCCCUGCAUGCUGCAUGAGCGACACUAGAUCGCUUAGGUCACUCCCGUAGUAGCUCGCCGCCAUUCGUGGAUCGCUUAACUCUGAACCUACCUUGACGAAGCUGCUGCUGCUGAAGGCUCUUUUCGCUCACCGCCUCGAUCUUGCCGCGGCGUAGCGGGAAGCGCAUUGGUCGUCUGUCCGCUGCUCCGCCAAGACCGGUCGCUCAAUAGCGGGGUGGGGGCGGGCGGGGGAGGGGGGACGGGGAAUGGAAGAGGCCGUCACGGCGAAAAGCGCGCGGGAGGCGGAGAUCGAGCGGGCGUGGCGGACUGCAAGGGAACAACCGGGGCUGCGGGGAGGAGCGCCUGGAAGCUCAGAGCCGUUUCACGUGGCGGGGGCGCGGGGGCUAUCGGAGACGCGGGCGGGGGGCCAAGAAGGGACUGGGGGGACGCAAUGGGGGGCGUGGGCGGGUGUAUCGGGGGCUGCGUGGGAUGGGGACUGGUUGGGAGCGGUGCGGCGGAGAGCUGGGCCGUGGGAGGGGCGGCCACUGGUGGUACUGAGUCUGUUCGACGGGUGCGGGGCGAUAUGGCAGGCGCUGCACGACAGUGGCAUUCCGUUCAUUGGCGUCAGCUCUGAGAUCGACCCCUUUGCAGUGGAGGUGGUGCGGCACAGGUGGCCGUCAGUGCAGCAUGUGGGUGACGUCACCACCCUCACCCCUGCUGCCAUCGCUGCCGCUCUCGCUGCUGCUGCCACUGGUACUGGCACUGCUACUGGCAAUGUUCCCACUGCUGCUGCUGCUGCUGCUGGUGCUGACACUGCUGCAUCUCCCCCUGCUGCUGGGCCAGCAGCUGGCACUGUAGCUGCCAGCAAGGGGACUCUCCCCAGAAAGUGCAAGGAAGCUUCACCAGCUGCUCCUGCUGGUGGCCAAGUCGACCUCAUAGUGGGCGGCUUUCCUUGUCAGGACUUGAGCAGCAUGAACAGGACAAGGGUGGGUCUGCAUGGCCCGCGCAGUGGGCUCUUCUUCCACCUCCUCCGCCUCAUCCAGCAGCUCUCUCCCAAUUGGUUCCUGGUGGAGAACGUGGCGAGCAUGCAGUGGAUGGAUCGAGACGAGAUCUCCAAGUAUCUGGGCGUGCCGCCCAUCUGCAUCGACUGUGCCGACCUCACAGCACAAGCUAGGAGGCGGCUGUUUUGGACCAACCUGCCGCUGCCAGCUCACAUGCCGCCCGUGCGCUUCCACCCGUCUACUCUGCUGCAGAGCAAGCUGAGCCACGCCAUCGCCACUGAAGACAAGUGCGCGCCUGUGAUGAAGACCAACUUCCGCACGGCAGGCAAGGGAAGAACCAACCAGGUGAUCUGCAUGCGCUCCCACUCCGCCCGCUUCUUCCUCUCCCACGAGAUCGAGAGAAUCUUUGGAUUCCCACCCGGAUACACCAAGAUCCCCGCCGCCCGGUUUGCUGCUAUCAAAGCCGGGAGGAGAGGGGCAGGCGGGGAGAGCACAGAGGGGGGUUGGAUGAGUGCAUCUGUUGGGUUUGGUACAUGGAAAGGGGAGGAGGGUUGGGAGGAGAGGGUGGUGAAGAGCGAAGGAGGGGGGAUGAAAGACGGUGCAGGUGCUAGCGACCCCUCCUCCUGGCCUUCCUUCUCCCCCGUGCGAGUGCUGGGUAGGGGGGCAUUCGAUGGCAAUGACGAGGGAGACGCAUGGGCUCAUGGUGUGAAUGAGGUGCAUGCACGCACUGCUGAGGGGGAUGCCGAAGGGGGGCCGCUUUUGGCCCAGGAUAGUGGGGACUGGGUGUUGGGGCUACCAGCAGGGGAAGAGGCGAAGGGGUGUGGUGACGGGGAGAAGGUGGGGAAGGAGGGAGGUGGAGCUGAGUUGGGAUUGGGGGGGAAUGGACACGUGGAAGAGAAGGGGACUGAGAUACGUUGCAAUGCGGUGGCAAACGGUGAUUAUGCAGUCACAAAUGGUGACAAUGCGGUGGCAAACGGUGAUUAUGCAGUCACAAAUGGUGACAAUGUGGUGGCAAACGGUGAUUAUGCAGUCACAAAUGGUGACAAUGCGGUGGCAAACGGUGAUUAUGCAGUCACAAAUGGUGACAAUGUGGUGACAAAUGGUGACAUGGCGGAUGUUGAUAUUGAUGUGGAGGACGAGGGGGAUGGAGGGGAGGAGGGUGGAGGGGAGGAGGGUAGAGCGGAUGGAAGGGAGGCGAGUGGAGAAGAGAGGGAUGACGUGAAGGAUGGAGGUGGCAAUAGACAGGCAUACAGGGAUUUGAAAGCACACGAAUGUUCUCCUGCGGCUAAUUCUCCUGCUGCUGGUGCCGCUGCUGCUGCUUCUCCUCCCCCUGCUGCCUCUGCCGCUGCUGCUGUUGUUGGUGCUUCUUCUGCAUUGAACAGUGAUAAUGUGGUGAUGAGUGGUCAUAAUAUGGUGACAAACGGUGAGGAUGCAGAUGACGAUGAUGAUGAUGAUGUGGUUGAGGUGACAGACUGCGUACAGGGAGAAGAGACAGAUGAAGGGAAGAGGGGUGGAGGGAAAAGGGAUGGAGAAGAGAAGGGUGGAGGGGAGAAGGAUGGAGGAGAGAAGGGUGGAGGGGAGAAGGAUGGAGGAGAGAAGGGUGGAGGGGAGAAGGGUGGAGGGGAGAAGGGUGGAGGGGAGAAGGGUGGAGAAGAGAAGGGUGGAGAGUUGAGCGACGGCAGUGGCAGUGGACGGGCAGACUGUGGUUUGAGGACAAUCAAACGUUCUCCUGCGUCUGUGUCUGCUGCCGCUGCUGCUGCUGCUGCUGCUGCUGCUGCUGCUGCUGCUGCUGCUGCUGGCGGCAGUGCUGGGAGGUGCUACUCACUUCGAUCUCGGCCAAAGAUCGGAUUCUACAGCGAGUCAGAGCUCAUGAGGGUGGGCAUCAGGCAGUGGACAAAGGAGAAGAGGCGACAACGAAAAGAGGGCGGUGCAAGGGGGAUGACUGGGAAAGCGAAGGAGGAGGGGAGGGAAGAGGAGGAGGAGAGCAGGAAGGAGGAAGAGGAGCGGAGGCAGGAGCAGCUUCAGGAGAGGGACAGAUGGGGCUUGCUGGGUAACUCGUUCCCAGUUGCAGUCAUCUCCUACCUGCUGACGCCCCUCCUCUCCCCCUCCCUGCGCCUUUCCUCAGCCCCGUGCGCCCUUCCUGACUGUGUCCCCCGCCACGUCACUCAAUCCAAGUGCGCUCUCAUGGCCCCUGGAGAGGUGUGGGCGGCCUACAGCUCGUCCAAGCUGCCCAAUUGGUAUGCCCUGAUUCUGUCCAUUCGGGGCGGCAGAUUUGACACCUAUUCGAUCCGCAAGCCGUCUCCGCUCUGCAUAACCUACCGUUACUUCGUUCUUGUGGAUGCUGAUUCUACUUCCGCACAACCCAAGGGCGCACUGCUGAAAGCGGCACACGCUAGCAUGACACUGUCUAACACUGCGCAGCGUGACUUAUUACAACAGAGCACAUUUAAUCACGAGGAUGCUGUCGGUGGUGGUGAAGGGGAGUGUGCGAUCGAGGAGAUCGGAUGCGAUUCGGCUAGCGAGGGUGAGGAGCAGAAGGAGGACGAUGACACUGAUAAUGAUGGGGAUGAAGACGAGGAGGAGGAGGACGACGACGACGAAUAUGAGCACACAUGGCAUGGAGCGGGGCUGUAUGAGAUGGAGCAGGAGACGCACACGGCCAACAGCCUCUCCGUCUUCAGCCACAGGGUGCGGCGGGUGAGGCGGAUAGCAGGAGGGCCGGGCAGGAGUCUGCAUGCGGUGCACCCGCAGCCGCACACCGUGUGGGCGCUCAAGUGGCCCUUCAAACGCGACUUCUCCCUCGUCUACGUGGUAACCAGCAGCAUUGAGUUCACCCCUCACACCCUCCCCUCCUCCAAGCAUCCCUCUGCCGCCUCUCCAUCGCCCUCCUCCCAGCCCUCCCCCACCCUAACCACUUCAUCCCGAGCCUCCAUCCGAGCCUUCUGUGCCACGGUGCGGGCUCUGGUGCGGCGGCGCAGUAUCCCAGUGGGAGGGGGCAGGGUGGACCCCCUGUACAGCGUGCAUGCGCACGAGUGGCAGGUGUGGGACGUGUCCGUGUUUGCCUUCGAGGCGCCGUUUCACUUCCAUGGCGAUGGGAACACGUUGGUUGUAGAGCCACAGAAUCAUAAGGAGCCGGAGUGAUGACACAAGGACAGGGCAGUGUGCCAGUAGAAGAGGACAUGCUAAACAGUCUGUGCAAUGUGCACACACAUGAGUGGCAGAUGCGGUACCUAGCUGCCUUCGCCUGGCACCGUUUCACUACCACCACGACAAUGAAAAUACUAUUGUGGUGGAGCCACAGAGCCAUAGGGAGCCGGAGUGAGAGUGUACUGUUAGCUACAAGGAAAAGAGUAGCAGCUAGCUAGUGUAUGCUAACCGAGGACCAUAUAAUCUGAUGUUGGUACCUAACAUGAUGUGAAUGUGAAGUAUCAAUAUAU